CCUCGUGAAUGGCCAGAGAGGUUUUGAACAAGUUAAACGGUUUCAGCGGGUCAGUGGGCUGGUUUGCUGUUGUAGUUCGGGACGUCUGGGAAGAACUUAACACAUGAUCUGAAAAGGACGGAGGGAACUUGAUAUUUUUAGCAUUUACUUGUAUGUCAGUAUGCGCUAGAUUAAGAUUUUUAAUUACCAGUGCAGCGAGCAACGGAUUUUCUCUGCGGAAACUCGGCUAACAAAGACAGGCACCAUGAACUCUGUACUGUCAUCGGUACAAUCCCUCAUGCAGAUGUUUGAUGGCAAAGCCCAAGCAUUCAUCAGUGAAAUUGAUAAUGUCCACAUGGUUUGGCUUGAGGAGAUCCAGCAAGAGGCAAACCGCAUGUUCACAAGAGAUUUCAAUGCUGAGCCAGAACUGAUGCCAAAAACACCAUCACAGAAGAAGAAUACUCGCAGGAAACGUGUAUCUUUGGGCCGCCAGGAUGAAAGCCAAGUUAGGCGAAGAUUUUCGAAGGGACGGCGCAGCAACCUUCGUGGGUCCUCGGGAAGUUCAUCACUAAACUUAAUUGCUGAGGAGGAAACUGUUCCUGAGGCCUCUACCUCUAAAGCUGAAAACACACGCCCUAAACGGACCACCCGUAAAAACAAACAAACAAAGGCUGAGGUCAAACAGGAAGUGAGCCAGGCCUCUCAUGACAGCAGUGAAACUGAAGAGGUGCAAAACAAGAAGCCAGAAAUAGUAGAGGAAGAUAAAGUGGACACAAGUAGCGGGCGCCACAAUGAAGAAAUUAAGCUGGAUAAUAAAGGUAGCAAAGCAGAAUCUCCAGCUAAGAUACCGUCCCCUGAGGUUAUUGUCAGCAUCUCUCCAACAGACCGCUUGUCUGCUGAGCUUGCUGUAAAGCAAGAGCUGUCUCCUGGACAUACAGCCAGUAAAAUUACUGUAGCCGACCCAACUCAAAAGUCACGGCGGAGCUCUGUACGAUGCUCCCUUAAAGUACGCCACUCACGGGCUGGUCUGAGACACAGUAUGACACAGGAGUCUGUUCGUCGUGCUUCACGAAGGUCCAUGCUUAAGAGAAACAUGGCUCGUAUGGGCAACUCCACAUGUGGUAGCAAUGUCAAUGAGGAUUCUUGCAUGGACUCGGUUGAAGAGGUGGACAGUGAUGAUAUGGUAACAACUGAAACUGCCACAGAAGUUGAUGCUGCAAGUGAAGAAUCUCAGAAAACAUCAGAGGUUCAGGUAACUCAGGCUGUCCAGCCAUCUCUGGGACGCAUUACUCGCUCUGUAGCUGCAAAUUCACCCAAACUGGCACCACAGUCAUUGUUCAGCCCAAAAAUCAGCACUCCAGACAAAAGAGCAGUAGUUGCUGACAAGCAGCUGAGCACCCAGUCAAGUCAACGGUCACGUUUCAGUACUAAACGUAAAGCACCUGAUACUGUAGAAGAAAGUCCAACAAAGAGGCUGUCUCCUCCCAAGAAGAGUCAAAGUGCAAUGAAACCACACAUGAAGUCUUUCCUUCUCACUGUGCAGAAGAAUCAGAUGCUAAUGAUGACUCCAAAUACCAUUGGCCGGAGUUCUGUAAUCAAGUCCUUCAUUAAAAACACUACUCCUCUGAGGAUCGAUCCUAAGACAAAAGAACGUUACAAACUGGAAGCACUUAAAAAGAAGCAGGAGCAGGAGGAUGAACGAUUGAAGAAGAUGGAGGAGGAUAGGAGAAAGAAACAGGAGGAACUGAAAAGGAAGAGGGAUGAAAGGCUGAAACGAGUGUUUGAAGCCAAAGUAAAAGAAGAGCAGAAGGAAGAGGAAAAGAAAAAGAAGAUUGAGCAGAAAAUGGCUCAGAUUGAUGAGAAAAAUGAUAAGCGACAGGCAGAGGAAAAGGCCAAGAAGAAGGUGGCCGUGAAGCGUCAAGAGGAGUUGGAUCUUAAACGCAAGCAGGAGGAAGACGCCAGAAGGAAGAGGCUUCAGCAAGCAGAGGAAGAGAAGCGGCAGCAGGAGUUACUGGCCAAGAAGAAGGCAGAGGAGGAAGAACGAGCUCGGAAACUGGCUGAAGCCCGCAGAGCUCUGGAACUGAAGAGAGAGCAGGAGAGGGAGAAAGAGCUGGAGAGAGAAAGACAAGCUGCUGCUGAAAGGGAGCGGGUUGAAAGAGAAAAGGCUCUCGUGCUGCAACGUGAACUGGAGAAAGCAGCAAGAGAGAAGGAGAGGAGGGAACUGGAGGAGAAGAGGAAGGCACUUGAAGAAAAACGAAAACAGGAAGAGCAGCAGAGGUUAGCUGCGGAGAAAGCUGCCAAAGAGAGAGAAGCUGCUGCAAAACAGGCUGCUGCUGCUGCCACUGCUCUCAAUCAAACUGUGGAUAUUGAGCGUUCGGUGAUGAGCACGCCAGUUGGCAAAGGAGGAGGACUCAAUGUGACCGUAGAUAUUGAGCAAUCACCACAGUCCUACUCCAUCACUCCAAAGGGUGGCAACAAAGUUUUGUCCAAAAAUCCAGAAGACUAUGGGAUGGACCAAAACAGUGAUGACUCUACUGAUGAUGAGUCUGCACCUAGAAAACCAAUUCCAUCCUGGGCUGAAGGUCAAAAUCUGCAGCAGAUCAUUAUGAAGCAGUACUUCAACCCUCCGGAUUUAGACUCUUUCUUUGGAACAAUUGAAGCACCAAAACUGGAAAACAUCUUUUACAAGAGCAAACCUCGUUAUUUUAAACGCACCAGCUCUGCUGUGUGGCACUCACCUCCCAUUGGAAGCAAGUAAUCUGUCCACUUCCACAGACACACUGCUGUAUAAAGUUUUAUUUUUGAUUUUUUUCCUUUUGACAUUUACUUCCAAUAAAGUGUUUUUCUGGAUGUUUUUUCCACCAAAUAUUACAUUUGUUUAAGUUUGUAGUCAUAAAAAAACUUAGCAACAUUGUAACCACUGUGUAAAUAUCUUGGAUUUGAAACACAAAUUGUUGCCUCCCUUAUUUUGUAAACAUCAGGGAAACAGACUUGUUUCAUAUUGAACUGGGAUGUUAAUGUUCAUUGGGAGAUUAUCUGUGUACUGUAUGUCUGACUGGAAAUACUUGCAAUAGUCAUUUGUGUGGGGGUUUAUUGAAGUGUUACUGUGGAGGUUCUGAACAGACUCUACUGAACCAAAACACCUACAGUAGAUGCUUUAAUAUGGUCUGGUGUGUAUAUGUGGGAAUUUGCAGCUACAGAUAUUGGAAAUGAUUUUAAGAACACAAUUAAAAGAAAAUUGCAGAUAUUU